AUGACUUCUUACAAGAACGUAAUCUACUCGGAUAAAUACUUUGACGAAAAUUUCGAAUACAGACAUGUUAUCCUGCCAAAGGAUAUUGCAAAGAAAGUACCCAAGGAUCAUUUAAUGACUGAAGAUGAAUGGCGGGGUAUUGGUGUUCAGCAAUCCAAGGGCUGGAUUCAUUAUAUGAAACAUGGCCCAGAACCACACGUUUUGCUAUUCAGAAGGCCUCUAUCAAUAUCCAACAAUUAA